ACGUGUCGGUUCAGCAGCCGGCUGUUGCUGUGGUCAGCCCACCCACGCAGGCUGGUCUGCAGUCUUCCAAGCCGUCUCACGAUGCUACACAGAUGGCGCCAUGUGUUCGUCUCUCUGCACCGACUUCGUCUUCAACACCUACCAUGUUCGCUACUGCUUCAUCAUUGUCGAUGGAUCGCCCGAUGACACCGGUGGCUCUUACGUCUGAGGAAGCUCUCCCCUUCGGCGUAGUAACCGUCACCCCAUCUUCGUUGACGGUUCUUCUCCGACCGACAAACAUGCUAUGGAGAAGGCAAUGCGACGUCAGGCUGCACGUAAUUUGGACACCGUUCCAGGUAACUUAUCCGCAAAAUCUUUUCUUUCCUUUUCAGAUUCACGUAUUUCUUCUAGCUUAAAGAAUGUUGGAUGCUCUAUUGGAAAGAAUGAUAAUGAAAUUAAUUUAUCAGUUGGGGUGCUUAAACAUAUGGAGAUUGACCGAUUAAAGGUUUCUCCGAAGUGUAAUGCCUCCAUACCUAACCCCGAAACCGAGGAGGAGGAUGAAGCAUAUGCCAAAUAUGAUGGUCCGCUUAUAUCCCACUUGGUUGGUGAGGUUACCGAGGUUGGAUUGGAUGAUGCAAGACCUGGGUCCAUGUUUUGUGACUUCACAGCGUCCUCGCGGAAAUUUAAAUCACACUCCUCUAAAAAGAAACAAAAACCGCCCAAGAAGGCGAGGAGUUCCACACCAAUCCGAGUUUCCCCAUGAAAGGCAUGUUUUGGAAUAGCAAAGGUCUCUCGGACUUGCCUAAACAUAAACACGUCGGUGAUUGUGUAAGGGAACAUGGUUUGGAUUUUGUGGCAAUUUCCGAGGCUGGUAAGUGUGAUUUUCGCCCGCAUGUCCUCGAUCACCUAUCAGGUGGUUUCGACUAUGCAUGGCAUAGUCUACCAGCUCGUGGAAGGUCUGGAGGAAUUAUUCUUGGUAUUCUCACAACAGUCAUGGACUUGUUGGCCUUUUCAAUCGGUGAAUUUCAUAUAAAAUAUCACCUAAGAAACAGAGCUGACAAUUUUACAUGGACUCUAGUCGCAGUCUAUGGGGCUGCCCAAGAUGAGCAUAAACCGGCUUUCCUUCGGGAAUUGGUAAACCUGGCGAAGGAUAACCCGUACCCAAUUCUUAUUGGAGGGGACUUCAAUAUCCUUAGAUACCAGGAAGAGAAAAAUAAUGAUCGUUUCGACACUCAUUGGCCCUUCCUAUUCAACGCUGUGAUAGACAGUUUGGAUCUUCGGGAGGCGAGUAUGUCGGGGCGUCAGUUCACAUGGGCUAAUAACCGAUCUGUGCCGACAUAUGAGAAGCUUGAUAGGGUACUCAUGGAUACCGAAUGGGAACUAAAAUUACCUCUGGUAACCGUACGAGCCCUAGAGCGUAUCGAGGCGUUAUCGGAUCAUGCACCCAUCAUUCUAGAUUCUAAAUCUACGAACCUAGCUGCAUGUCGUCCUUUCAAAUUUGAAUUGGGAUGGAUGCAUCGGGAAGGAUUUGUAGACAUAAUCAAGAAUGUUUGGGAGAGGCCUGUUGUUAGUCGUACACCUAUUCACAGAUGGAACAUUAAAAUGAGGGCCAUGAGGCAGCAUCUCACUGGAUGGGCGAAACAUACCAACGGGAUAUAUAAAAAAUAAAAACAACGACUCUAUACCAUCAUUGAUGACCUCGACAAAAUUGCUGAGACGCGCACCUUAUCUCAACAAGAGAUUGAAUUGAAAAAUCAAUCUAAUGAGAAGGUUGCACGUCUUUUGCGAGAAGAAGAGAUCAAAUACUACCAAAGAUCCAAAGCUGAUUUCAU